AUGUGGCUGGAAAUACUGCUCGCCUCAGUGCUGGGCUUUGUCAUCUACUGGUUUGUCUCCAAGGGCAAGGAGGAGACUUUGCCCCUUGAAGAUGGAUGGUGGGGGCCUGGGGUGAGGCCCACAGCUGAGGAGGAUAAGAGCAUCCGCCCAUUCAAGGUGGAAACAUCAGAUGAGGAGAUCAACGACUUACAUCAGAGGAUCGACAGGGUCCGUUUAACUUCACCUUUGGAGGACAGUCGUUUCCACUAUGGUUUCAACGCCAACUAUUUGAAGAAAAUCAUCUCCUACUGGAGGAAUGAAUUUGACUGGAGGAAGCAGGUGGAGAUUCUCAACAAAUACCCUCACUUCAAGACUAAGAUUGAAGGGCUGGACAUCCACUUCAUCCACGUGAAGCCCACCAACCUCCCCUCCGGCCAAACCCCAAAGCCCUUGCUGAUGGUGCACGGCUGGCCUGGCUCCUUCUACGAGUUUUAUAAGAUCAUCCCGCUCCUGACUGACCCCAAGAACCACGGCCUGAGUGAUGAGCAUGUUUUUGAAGUCAUCUGUCCAUCCAUUCCUGGCUACGGCUUCUCUGAGGCAUCCUCCAAGAAGGGCUUCAACUCAGUGGCCACUGCCAGGAUCUUUUAUAAGCUGAUGCUGCGGUUGGGCUUCCAGAAAUUCUAUAUUCAAGGCGGGGACUGGGGGGCCCUGAUCUGCACCAACAUGGCCCAGCUGGUGCCCAGCCACAUCAAGGGCCUGCACUUGAACAUGGCUUUGAUUUUAAGAAAUUUCUACACCAUGACCCUUCCUCUGGGACGGCGUUUCGGGGGGCUUUUCGGUUAUACCGAGAGAGACAUGGAGCUGAUAUACCCCUUUAAGAAGGUCUUCUUCAGCUUACUGAGGGAGAGCGGCUACAUGCACAUCCAGAGCACCAAGCCGGACACCGUGGGCUGUGCUCUGAAUGACUCUCCCGUGGGACUGGCCGCCUAUAUUCUAGAGAAGUUUUCUACCUGGACCAAUUCGGAAUUCCGAGACUUGGAGGAUGGAGGCCUAGAGAGGAAGUUCUCCCUGGACGACCUGCUGACGGACAUCAUGCUCUACUGGACAACGGGCACCAUCACCUCCUCCCAGCGCUUCUACAAGGAGAACCUGGGACAGGUCAAUAAGCAUGAGACGUUGAAGGUGUACGUGCCCACGGGCUUUGCUGCCUUCCCCUGUGAGAUGGUGCACUUUCCAGAAAAGUGGGUGAAGUCCAAGUACCCGAAACUCAUCUCUUAUUCCUACAUGCCCCGUGGGGGCCACUUUGCCGCCUUUGAGGAGCCAGAGCUGCUCGCUCAGGACAUCCGCAAAUUCGUGGGGCUGCAGGAGCGGCAGGAGCGGCAGUGA